UUUGAGGAGGCUGUGAGGACAGUAGAGGAGGGGCAGAGCCGGAGAAGUUUGUCAUAGGACCGUGUCGGGUUCGAGAGAGAGGAGGACAGCUUUCUGAAGACGAGAGAGAAAGAGGGAUAACUUCUAUCUGUUUUUUUUUAAACCGAGGACUGUUCGGAGGUCUUACUUUCACUCAGGAAAAAAGUUGCACGGGUUUAUUUUACUCUUCUCUGUUCCUGCAUCCUGAACAGUUCAGACAUCACUGUGACUGAUGAACGGUGAAUGCUGAAGGAUUUCCUCUUUCAGAUGGUGCAGAGAAGUCUUUGCAACAUUUUUACUGAGUAUUUGACCUGAUCCUGAUCCUUGGAUGUGAUCAUGCCAGUGAGAAAGAAAGAUACACAGCGAGCGCUGAAACUCCUUGAAGAAUACAGAUCAAAACUGAAUCAGCCAGAAGAUGCCCAGCUUCAACACUCCAUCGACAGAGUUAUCAGCGUAUUUCAGAGCUCGCUCUUCCAUGCCCUGAUAGAUAUUCAGGAAUUUUAUGAAGUGACCAUACAGGAGAAACAGAAUGAGUGUACGGAGCCCUUAAAGCCAGCAGAGCCUUGUCCUCCUGCUAAAAAUGUGCCAUCAGAAACCUGCACUAGUAAGAAGUACAGAUAUCAAGAUGAGGACAACACCUCUCCUCCAGAACAUGGCUCGACUCGUCUACCCGGGGAUGUUCAGCCUCCCGAGCUGGUGCAAGUGUCUGAGAAAAACAUCUCCCAGAUCGAGAAUGUCCACGGCUUUGUGUCUCAUUCACACAUCUCCCCUAUGAAGGUAGAGUCUCUGGAGUGCGUUUUUGAGAGCUCGUCCCCAGUAGGAGGAGAGGAGGUGCCGGCCCCUGCUUUCUCCACACUAUACUCUCGCAAUGAGACACUCAUGCAGCAGGCAGACGCCGUUCCUCCCCCUGCUCCCAUAAUCCCUGUGAUCCCUAUCGCGCCAGUCCCAGCUGAGACCACUGUCAUCCCUGCACCCACGUCACAGGCAAGCCCGGCCCCGGUGUUGGUGAACACAGACAGCCUUGACACUUCUCCCUAUGUGAGCCCAUAUGUAAAUGGAACAGAAGCUGAUUAUGAAUAUGAAGAAAUUACGCUUGAACGUGGAAACUCCGGUCUGGGUUUCAGUAUUGCAGGUGGCACCGAUAACCCCCACAUCGGUGAAGACCCAAGCAUUUUUAUCACCAAGAUUAUCCCAGGUGGAGCUGCUGCUCAGGACGGCAGGCUCAGGGUAAAUGACUGCAUCCUGCGGGUAAACGAUGUGAACGUGAGAGACGUCACGCACAGUCGAGCCGUGGAGGCGCUGAAGGAGGCAGGCUGCAUCGUCAGGCUAUAUGUCCGAAGAAGAAAACCCAGUGCUGAGAAAAUCGUGGACAUAAAACUCGUCAAAGGUCCCAAAGGUUUAGGCUUCAGUAUAGCUGGUGGAGUCGGAAACCAGCACAUCCCUGGAGACAAUAGUAUCUACGUCACCAAAAUCAUUGAGGGAGGAGCUGCCCACAAAGAUGGACGACUCCAGAUUGGGGACAAACUUAUUGCUGUAAAUGUUGUUUGCCUUGAAGAAGUGACUCAUGAGGAUGCCGUGGCAGCCUUGAAAAACACGAGUGAUGUCGUCUUUUUAAAAGUGGCGAAGCCCACCAGUGUGUUCAUGAACGACAGCUAUGCUCCCCCUGACGUCACCAACUCCUAUUCCCAGCACAUGGAGAAUCAUAUCAGCUCCCCGAGUUAUCUGAGCCAGCCCACAACCCCAGCCACGCCUUCACGCUUCUCCCCCAUCCCCAGAGGCUUGCUGGGAGAUGACGAGAUCACAAGGGAGCCUCGGAAGGUCGUGCUGCACCGCGGCUCCACAGGGCUUGGCUUCAACAUUGUAGGCGGAGAGGAUGGAGAAGGAAUCUUCAUCUCCUUCAUCCUGGCUGGAGGACCUGCUGAUCUCUGUGGAGAACUGAGGAAAGGAGACCGCAUCAUCUCUGUGAAUGGAGUGGAUCUCCGCAGUGCAACUCAUGAGCAGGCAGCUGCUGCUCUGAAAAACGCUGGUCAGACCGUCACCUUAGUGGCUCAAUACAGACCAGAGGAGUACAGCCGUUUCGAAGCUAAAAUCCAUGAUCUCCGGGAGCAGAUGAUGAACAGUAGUAUCAGUUCAGGCUCCGGCUCGCUCCGAACCAGCCAGAAGAGGACGCUCUACAUCAGAGCCCUGUUCGACUAUGACAGGACGAAGGAUUCUGGUCUCCCGAGUCAAGGAUUGAACUUCCACUUCGGGGACAUCCUGCAUGUGCUGAACGCUUCAGACGAUGAGUGGUGGCAGGCACGCAAUGUCACUGCAGAUGGAGAGGUAGAAGAGAUUGGCGUCAUUCCCAGUAAGAGGAGGGUGGAGAGAAAAGAGAGGGCCAGGUUAAAGACGGUCAAAUUCAACUCCAAGUCUCGGGACAAAGAACAGUCACUCAAUGGCAAGCGUAAAAAGCACGCCUUUUCACAUAAAUUCCCCUUCUACAAGAACAAGGAGCAGAGUGAGCAGGAAACGAGCGAUGUGGAGCAGCAUGUUACCUCAAAUGCCAGUGAUAGUGAAAGUAGCUACCGUGGACAGGAAGAGUACGUUCUAUCAUACGAGACUGUGCUUCAGCAGGAAGUGAAUUAUACUCGUCCCGUGAUUAUUCUGGGCCCUAUGAAGGACCGCAUCAACGAUGACCUGAUAUCAGAGUUUCCUCAUAAGUUUGGAUCUUGUGUCCCUCACACAACCAGAUCAAAGCGAGACUAUGAGGUCGAUGGCAGAGAUUAUCACUUUGUCAUGUCUCGAGAGCAAAUGGAGAAAGACAUCCAGGAUCACAAGUUCAUAGAGGCGGGCCAGUACAACAAUCACCUGUAUGGCACAAGCGUACAAUCGGUGCGAGAGGUCGCAGAAAAGGGUAAACACUGCAUCCUGGACGUCUCCGGUAAUGCUAUCAAACGUCUCCAGCUAGCACAGCUCCACCCGAUUGCUGUGUUUGUCAAACCAAAAUCAGUGGAAAAUAUUUUAGAGAUUAAUAAGAGGCUGAUGGAGGAGCAGGCCAAGAAGACGUUUGACAGAGCUAUGAAGCUGGAACAGGAGUUUACAGAGCACUUCACUUCCAUUGUACAAGGCGACACCCUGGAGGAGAUCUACAACCAGGUUAAACAGAUCAUAGAAGAUCAGUCUGGGCCGUACAUCUGGGUGCCAGCCAAGGAGAAAUUGUGAGAUGGCGGAAGUCAGAGAAACCAUAUUCCCCACACCUUUUUUCUUUUCUUAGUUUUUUUUUUGUUUUUUUUUAACUUUGCUCUUUUUGGGGGGUGAAUUGAAAUAGGAAAUGCUCCAAUAUCCGAGAGCAUGUUUGUAAGAGUGGGUAAAGAUGGUCCAGCUCAUCUCAUUAAGACAUGAUUUUGGAGUUGUGUUUCCAGAUUGCAGGGAGAAGUGCUCCACUUAACGAGGGCCUAAUUAGGAGAUAACACGGUACAGCUUCCUGAAUGUUUAAGGCAGGUGACUUUAUAGAUGAAAAAGGUUUUAAUGCAUACACGUGGGUUUUGUUCGGAUUUUUUUUCUUCAUAUAGCAGUGCAUAAAAAAUGCACUCGUGUACGAUCACUCGGAGCGACACUUUGCACGUUUUAGCACUAAAAGCAUGUUAUGGAUGGUUCUGUUCUACUUAACCUACAUUGAUUGAUUGAUUGGUUUUUAAGUUUUUCCUCAACAUGUAUUUGAGCUACAUUAACCACAGCCACAAAAAUCUUUUCUAUCAUACUGUAUACUCCCUAUGAUCUUAUAAUAGAUAGGAUCAAACCAUUUAUCUUAUGCAACUAUCCAGCUUCUAAACUGCACAAACCGAUGGAUGGUUGGCUUGAUGACGUGCACAAAAUAGGAUCUUGGCUCAUGGAUUCCUGGAUGUUUUCUGCUGAUCAGGGUGUUUAUGAGAGUAUGAAUUUGAGGUUUACAGUGGCAUGGCUGAAAAUGUUGUUUAAAAUUCAGGUGAAUGUGUAUUUUAGGAUUUAAAUUCACAAUGCAAAUCUUAAGAGAAUUUACUGUACACUGAGAUUUUAACAUGUAUUUAACCCUGAGUAUACUGCCUAUUUUGUUAUAAUAAAAACUCUAUAUUGAGCUUUACUUAAACUCUAAAAAUAUGGGAAUAAUUAUCUUUAUAUUGAAUAUAUAUAUUAUAAUAUAUUAAUCUAUAUAAAUCUAAAAAAAAAGAAUAUAUUUUAAUUUACUUUCACCAUCAUCUCUUUACUUGGUUUUUCUUUUUUUUUUUUUGUGAAGACGUAUCUGGGCUCUUUUUCAAAUGCAGUCGCUAGCAGCUCAUUCUCCUCUGCCCUCUCUCUCUCUCUCUCUCCCCCCUGUGAAUCCUGUUUCUCGUGGUGUGCAUGGAUUUAAAAGCAAUAGUAUUCAUAAGACGUGUGUGUAAUCAGUACAAGAGCUGGAACACACCUUUGCGUUUUCAGCCGGAGUUGUGAAGAUGCCGGGUUUGUUCUUGAAAGUCAGCAGAAGCUCAUAAACCCUGUUGAGACCCAGUGUUCACUUUUAGCUGGACAGAGGGUCUCCAAGAAAGGCUCUCUCAAACACAAGCCUUUAUUUCUCCACUGGAGGGCGCUCUCACAGAAUCCAGCUCUCACUUUCAUUCUCACUGGACAUGAUUGUUUUCUAAAAGACUCACUUGCUUCCAUUGGACCACAGCUUUCUAACACGUUUUUGACUGGACAUUGUAAAUAUUCUGAUCUGAUUCAUUCCAUUUGUCAAAAGACAAGAAGUGCUAAUAAACAAAUCACACUUUUUUUUUUUUUUUUAAUGAAUGUAUCUUUCUUUGUCAUCAUAGGAUGAGCAUCUGCCAUUUCUGUACAGAAUCAAGUACGUCUGAUGAUGAACACAGUGUUUCUGUUUGGGUUUUUUUUUUUUUUCAUAACAGAUCAGUUUUGUGGUUGGACAAUCUGA